ACUAAAACCUGACCUUUUUUCAGAAGUUUGUGGGUGCAUCUAAAAAUUUUACUCUCAUAAUCAACAAACAACUAUUUUUUUCUUUAUCAACUCAUCAAAAUGAGACUAAUAAUUAGUGUAAAAGAUGAGGUACGAGUGUGACCCGCAAAAAUGAAACCAUUCUAGUUUGGUAGCUUCAAGGGAAGCAAAAAUGUUGGUGUGCUUGGUUUGUACAAUAUAAUUGUCCCUAUUUCAUGAGUCUCCAUCUGAUGUUUCGAUAUUCACUUUCUCUGAACUUUAGUCUUAUCCGUCAUCAAGUUAGUUUUCACUUAGUAUAUUUAAUAUUUCAUUGAUCAGCUCCAAAAUCCUCUAUACAAUUACACUAGCACGUUGCAUUGCCUCAUCUUGUGUUUUGGAUAGCCAUGGAACACAAAGUAGCCACAACAACUGAAGGACAACCCAUAAGAUGUAAAGCGGCGGUUUGUCGCAAAGCCGGUGAGCCACUGAGUAUUGAGGAGAUCAUUGUGGCACCACCAAUGCCUGGUGAAGCUCGCAUUCGUAUUACAUGCUCCACUCUCUGUCAAACCGAUAUCAGUUUUUGGAACAUGCAGGACCAUCCUGCCAUUUAUCCAAGAAUUCUGGGUCAUGAGGCAAUAGGGGUUGGGGAAAAACAAUAGUUUUGGGAGUGGACAAGCCAGGAUCCAAGUUAAACCUUAGCUGUAGUGAGGUCCACGUUUGUGGGAAGAGCCUCAGGGGAUACUUAUUUGGAGGACUCAAACCCAAGUCUCAUGUACCCAUUCUCCUUAAACGCUACAUGGACAAGGUACUAUGUGCAAUUUCUUUUAUUUAAUCUUUUUUAGUCUAUGCUCUUUGUCCCCUCUAUUAAUAUAUGUAAAACUAGUAAUUAGUAAUGAUUAUGUAAAAAUAAUAAUGACAUAAUAUAAUAGCAAUACCAAGUAAGUUCGGGGAUGCUUCUUUUUAGUAAAUUUCAUCUGCAAUUAUUAUCAACAGCAACUGAAUUUGGACGAGUUUGUCACACAUGAGAUGAAGUUCAAGGAUAUCAAUAAAACAUUUGAUUUUUUGAUUGAUGGACUGUGUCUUCGAUGUGUGAUUUGGAUAGACAAAUCAGCUCAUUCUUGUAUAAGUUAUUGUUGCUUUACUUAAGUCAUUGAAUUAUGACAUCAAUAAGUGAAAUAUUGGAUGCCCUUUUUUUGUAUUUGGUGAAAACAUAUUCAAUGUAAAAGCAGUUGAUGCCCAGCAAAGUAAUUAU